GCAGACAUCACUGACCAGCACUCUGGCUCACGCUCUCCCUCCUGUGCUCUAAACCUUGUCCAUCAUGAAGUUUGUUGUGUUGCUGGCGUGUUGUGUAGCGUGUGUUGUGGGCCGACCACAACCUGAUGACCUCAAAGAUGAUCCCGUCCCCAUCCUUCUCGACGAGAGGACUCCCAUCGACGAACUAGGUGGAUAUGGCUUUAAGUUCCAGACAGGAGACGGGUUGACCUGGGCUGAAACAGCAUCAGCCAGCGGAGACGAUAACGAGGUCACUCGCGUUGGUCAGUACAGGUUCACCCACCCUGACGGUACGAUCCACCUGCUGACUUACACAGCUGGCAAAGAUGGCUUCCGACCAGUCUCUGACCACCUGCCCACACCUCAUCCUCUCGAACCAUGGCAUAUUGAACAGAUCGAGUUUGCUGCCCGCCAGAAAGCAGAGGCGAGCGAGGAAGCGUGAGUCUGUCCUUUAAGUCUCUUGUGUUGUUCGUUUUCUGUGUCUCUCAUAUCUCCUCACCAUUAUCCUUUCCCGAAU